AUGACGUCAUCCGGUGAUCCAAGCCCGGUCGGUUACCAUCGUGCAAUACCACCCUCCGGGCGUGCCUUCCAACAACCCCUCUCUCUGUAUAUAUGUGUGUGUGUAUUUCACCAUCACGGUCAUCUCCCUCCUGGAAAUCCCCCUCGCAAUUCCGCCCUCCAAACGGGUUCUGACCCCUCUCGCGCUAUCACGUUUGUAGCAAUAACGAGAGGAAGAAAGAGCAGGUUCCCAACGAGACGCGAUAUGGGUUCCAUCCUGCGGAUCGAUGGAUCUUCUCUUUCAACCCUUUUUCGGCCUUCCUGCAGAUUGGCUGGGAAGAAACGACGACGCGAGUCUCAUCGAGACGCCAUCAUGGUGGUACCACGUACGUAUCGAUCGAAAUCCAACGCUAUUGGAUUGACAAUGCACGUUGGUGCAAUAUUCACCGUUUUGCCAUUUUGCCAUUUUCGCGUCUCCACAACAAUUCAAUCCAGGCACAUUUCGAGCCGAGCGAUUUCGACGCGCCGCGAUGUUUCCUUUCUCGCGAAACUGAAGUCGGUACUCUUGUUUCUUCUUUUUUCUUUUCUUUCUUUUCACUCGCUGGAAUUAACGAUGCAUUUAUAGAAUUAUUUUAUUUCGUAGUUCGAACGUCAGUUUGAAUUGACCAUAAAUUGA